AAAGCUGCGAGCAAAACGCUCUGCAGGCAACUAGCUAUUGAGUUGACGGCUACGCAAGAGCCAUGGCACUCUUAAAAAUAGCUUUUGCCUUUAUGACUGCUGCUAUUCAGCUAGUGUACUCGAAUGACGAUAUAUACCUCGUGGGUCGUACUUAUAUAGAGUACCUGAGGACUGUAGGACUGUUCCUAUCACCAUUGCUUCCAGAGCCACUGAAACCAGAGAGGCAUUUAUUCUACUUCUACUUUGAUUAUUAUGGUCGUCUUUAUGAUGCCAUCCUUGGAGAUGAUUAUGAGUUUCCAAAUAUUACUCAUGUCAUCACCUUUCUUUAAUUUACUCAUAUCUCCUGGAGCCACAAGGAGCUUUGAUAUAACCAUCAUUGAUGAUAAUAUCGCAGAAAUGGAAUAUUAUUAUCGACAUUAUUAUUGGGAAGAGGUCAUCUCGCUUUUAAUAUUGGGGUGUAUGUUUCUGAUGAAGAGAUUACUGUGGCAGUUACUAUCUAUACAUUGACGACACUGAUGGUUUAAGAUUUGAACUCCUGAGGGAUGGAAUCACUGUUAUGGAGGAAGAUGUGGGGACUGUUGAUCUGUGUAUUACAUACAGAGGAGAUAAUGUACCACCAGUUAUUGAUGCUGCUUUUCAAGAACGUACUUAUGGUGAUGACAUCAUUUUCAAUACCACUGGUUUAGUAUUCUCAAUGGAAAAUGGUGACAGGAUGUGCUUUAGUGUGACGAUUGUUGAUGAUAAUGAGAUUGAGUAUAGUGAGUAUUUUUACUUCCGUUUCGAUGCCAUCAACAGCUCUCUCACAUAUUCUUACUUUUUUGAUGAAACUUAUAUCACUGUAACAGACAACGAAGCCUUCAGGAUUGGUCUGGAGAGCUCAUCCUACUCAGUAUUGGAGAGUGACGGAGUAGUGACCAUCUGUGUGACUGCCGAUCGUGGGGACGGUUCUGAGGUGUACACAGCCACUCUCUCCAGCAUCAAUAUCACCACUCAAGGUCUGGUUGAUCAUGGGUCACUGGACCAGCAGCUAACUCUAUCAGCUAGUCUGGGCAGGCAGUGUUUCAACAUCACUAUCACUAAUGAUGAUGUGGUUGAGGAAGAUGAGUUCUUUCAACUAACUCUCACUUCCAUCGCAAGGAAUUCUUCAAACCUUUUCCUUACCAAGAAACAACACCACUGGCUACUGUGACCAUAAUCGAUGACGAUUUGGUGUGCACUCCAAACUGUGUGAAUGGACUAUGUAAAUUUCCGGGAGUCUGCCAGUGUUUUGAAGGAUGGAUUGAUGAAGACUGUUCGAGAGAGAUAUGUCAGCCACCUUGUGUCAAUGGAAGGUGCAAUGUCAACACUGGAUACUGUGACUGCUCUCCUGGAUACACUGGUGCCUCGUGCAGUGAAGAUAUAAUGGAGUGCAAAGACGAAAAUGGAGGCUGUGACCAGAUCUGCAUUGACUUUCCUGGUGGCUACAGCUGUUCAUGCAAAGCAGGGUUUUACUCAACUUACCUCAGAUGGAAGCUCUUGUAGUGAUAUUGAUGAGUGUGAGGGAGGGAGCCAUGACUGCAGUCAGAUCUGUGUCAACACUCCUGGAUCAUACUACUGCAACUGUCAGCGUGGCUUUCAGCUGGGCAAAUAGCACACACUGUGGAGAUGUGAACGAAUGUGAACUCUUUCCUAAUGGAUUCUGCAGCCAAGUGUGUGUCAACACCGAUGGAUCUUUCCACUGUGAAUGUAGAGGUGGAUACGGCCUGUUUGGAUCAUCUUUCUGCACAGAUAUUGAUGAGUGUAGUGAGGGGAUUGAUGAAUGCAAUAAGAGUGGACCCACACCGUCUCGCUGUAUCAACACUGAAGGGAGCUACAGGUGUACUUGUGAUGAACAUGUUGGGUACCGUUUAGCUACUGACAACAUAACUUGCAAAGAUGUGGACGAAUGUGAAGAGAAUAUUCAUGUGUGCACAGAGAUUUGUGUCAAUACACCUGGUUCCUACAGUUGCUCUUGCCCUGAAGGAUAUGUACUUGAAGAUGAUGAGACAUCAUGCAGUGACAUAGAUGAAUGUAUGCUCAUGAAUGGUGGCUGCCAGCACUCCUGUACUAAUGAACUUGGUAGCUUCAACUGCAGUUGUGACAAGGGAUAUAGGCUAUUGAAGGAUGGAUUACAGUGUGAAGCUCUCAGUUGUGAUCCGGUUCUUGAAGCUCCACUGAAUGGUUCUAUGGACUGUGACACACAGACAGUGGGUGGGACUUGCAGGUUCACCUGUGACGAGGGCUACACUCUGAGAGGCUCAGACAGUCGGACCUGUCUCCCCUCCCUCCAGUGGAGGGAACCUCCUGCCAUAUGUGACCCUCCAAUGUGCCCUCACCUCACUCCUCCUGACAAUGGAUUUGUGUUGUUCCCAUGUACCAGAGAGGAGGGCCAUCUGUGUCGUGUUGUGUGUGCCCAUGGCUACAGCUUAGAGGGUCCUAGCAAUCAGACAUGUACAAAGGAUAACGUGGGCAGUCUUGUGUGGAGUGAUGGACCACAGUGUGUGGAAAGUAGUAAAUGUUCUCCCAAUCCUUGCUUGAAUGGAGGAUUUUGUAUUGAGGAUGAAACUGACUUUACUUGUGUGUGCAAUGGAACAGCAACUGGUUAUGGUGGAGAGACUUGUAGAGCAGUCAUUGUGAAUUUGGAACCAAUCCCACCAGUUACAAAUGGAUUAGAUUUCCAAAUAAGUUUAUACACUGAUGUAAAAGGAUUCAGUGAAAGGGUAAGAGUGAAAAUUGACAGACCUAAAGUGAGACAAUGUGCUACGUGUGAAUAGUGAAGAAAAAAGUCCUGCAACUGUAACAGGUGCAAUAGGGGUAGUAAGAGUUAGUUUACCGAGAAAUACUCCCAAAGUAAUGUAUGUGCCACGAGAGAGAAAUGUAUACAUAUCUGGUGGCUCGGAUAAUGAGACACAAUCGUAUUUUCAACGGUUUAAUCUCACAAGAGGACUGUUGGAGCCAAGUUGUUGCAGUGCAGAUGAUCAUGUCACACUAUCCUGUCCUGGGGGCUCCACUCGGCCAAUAUCACUGCUGUCACCAUGUCAGUGGAGUACUACCAAAUGUGGAAGUGACAAGAGCAAAUGGUGCUGUGUUUGCUAAGAGUGGUGAUUUAUCUCUACCAACCUCAGUCUCUGGCCUAAGGUAUAGGGAGAAACGUAAUAGACACUAGCACACAAUGACCUUAGAGCAACGUCUCCCAGUGAGUGUAAAGUUUGCAGUGAAUGCAACAACGCAGAUCCUACGUGCUAUUGCUACGUUCACACACAACAAGACACGGCCGAGUUUCUCCAAACCAGGGCCUUGGCCUUCACUUACAUCUCCCAAAUCAAAUCUUUACUUCCACCUUGGUUGGAACUGCUUGUAGAUUUACAGAUGUCAUUAGAGUCGAGUGGAUCGACUAAAAACGACCUGUUUGCUCCAAUAACUCGACCCAGUGAGCCGGUUUCCUCGUUUGAAGGUUGUGACAAACUCACUAACCUGGAAGGUAGUAGGUAUUCAGUGUUGAGAUAUGACAAAACUCUAUCAGCAGUGAUAGACAGCCAGAGAUAUGACUACAGAGAGAGCACUGAGACUGGAGAUGUCAUGUGUUUUGCAGUUGACUUGUGUCAUGAAUCAGAGUCUCCAGUUCACAUGCAGAUCUCCCAGCCAAUCAAUGACAUUCUAGUCUACCAGUAUCUCCGUGGGUUCACUGACAGACAGUGGAACAUUCUCCUCAAUACUGUGUCAGUCUUCAAACAGUCUGUUACUCAAAGUAGCAGCGAUACAUUUUGGAAUGGCAUGGAGAUGAUGUCACUGCCAGAUGUAAAAGUAGAUAUUUCGGUGAACACAGAGCUUGAGCUUCAAUUUAACGAGGGUGGCCUCAAUUUCAUGGUGGAAUUCAGCGGAGAUGCUUCAUUUGAAUACAGAGAAAGACAAGGAACACUGGAAGGCCAGAUUACUUUAGUAGCUAGUAGCAAGAUUGAUGGAACUGAGCAGAGCUUCCAUCUCAACAGCUACGACAGAACGACAAAUGCCUACUUUUACAUUGAAGGUGGUGGGGAUCCGUGUAAGAGCAAGACAGGAUUAUCUUUUGAAGCAAGUUACCAGCCACAACCUGGUGAGCUGUUCUUCACACGGCUUCUUCGAUUCACUGAAAUCACUCAGAGCUGUAGCUUCAGUGCCUUCUUGCCAAUAACCAGUGACUACAGAGCUCUUGGUCUCAGUCUACACACUGAGUGUCCUCUUCUUGCUAUUGGACACCUCAUCUUGCCUGAAAUGUCCCACACCAUCACCUUCAUUGGAUCAGAGAAUCCUAACUGCUUCACUAGUAACUUCCUUGAAGUUCCAGACCCAGCUCUUGUGAUUGAAUCUGAGUUGGUCAACGAUCGCUUGCCUCUUGGGAACAUCUUUGAACUUCAGGCCAACUCUACAGGUCCUGAUGUAGUGACUGUCUUUGGAAGAGAGGAUUCCGGACCAGUCUCUCAGUUUCAUUCGGUACAAGUGACUCUGUUUGGAGGAGUGUUUGAGUCAGAGGCCACCGUCAGGAAUGAUCAGCUGACAAUCUCCACCAGUAGUGGUAGUGUGUUUGGCUAUCCAGCUGAGCUGACCAUCACUGCACCUUCCAACAAGACUGACUGGCAGGACCUGGAAUUGACUGUGGACGGCUCCCUACUCUCAGGCAGUGGCAGCUUCGUAGAGAGCCUGAGUGAAGUGGUUACAAAGAAACUGAGAAUGCUGGCCGAAUCGGCAAAUUCACGACGAGAAGUAGCUCAGAUGUCUCUUAAUCAGUCAGAAAAGAGGCUUCUUGUCGUUGAAGUUCAAUACAACGAGGCAGUUGCAAACGUGUCACUAGCUGAACAAAGGAGAGACUCGCAAAGUGAACUUGUUAAAGAAACAACAAUGAAAUUGCAGCAGGUCCAACGGGAGUUCAAUGAUAGCCGAGAUGAGCUACAAGAACUGGUGGACAUUGACAAACAGUGCACGGAAGAGGUGUGUAGGGAUGUUUGCAUGCCUGGAGAAGUGUGCAGAAACUGCUCCAUGCCAACUUUCAUUGAAAAGACUGGAAAGUGUCCAAUCACAGUCAAAGAAGUCAGAAAUAUACGUGUUCCUCCGUUCUUUGUAACAAGAACCACGUGGAUGUUUGUGACUCAGUGCCGUCUUGACGACAAUCGGGUGUGCAUUGAGGAAGACUGUCCAGUGGGUGUCGAUAAAGUAUGCUAUGGGAAAUGUGUUCCGGUGUUUGAAUCACGUCUUCCGGUGUACUACUGGAGAAUGAGCAAUGCGCCAGAGGGAAGCAGUGAUGCACAGGGUGUCGGGGACGAGGCUAGGGAACUGUUUCAACAGUUGGUGGAAGCUCGAAGGAACCGCUCGUUGGCCCAAACUUCUAAGAGAAGAGCUGGUGUUGAAUACGAAAUUUACAAACAGAGGGUGGAUCAGUUGGCGAUGAGUUUGGAGAGACUUCAAAAAGCAAAUGAUAACUCUGAAACGGUGUAUGACCGUACAUUGGAAGAAGUGGAACCAAUUCUGAGAAUAUUUGAAAGUGGUAAUGACAGUGGGUAUCAGAAUGUCUUCAGCAUCAAUGGUGUCACAUUCAACACAAAAUUGACCGACAGUCCAACAUCCUUGGCCUUCAAUCUGAUAGACAACAGUGGAGCUGAGUACCGAGAAUCAUACCUGUACAUUUCAACACAAUCAGAAGCAGUCAACCUUGAAAGAAUGGGCGAUGGAAUAAUAGACACAGCAUUCAUUGGUGACUCCAAGCGAAGUACGUGGCUACAGACAAGGCUGAGGAGACAGACAUCAGCAGAUCUCACUCCAAGACAGAUCUUUGCCUCUCGCUGCACUCACAUCUCGAACACACAACUCUUCUUUGCCGAGAUCCAUGCCAGACUAACAGAGAUUGAAGAGAACAUUAACACCUCUCGUGAAGGAGCCGGUGGGCUCUCGGAGAGUCUGAGUGAGGACGGACCACAGGAGGACGAGGAGUUUGCGGCCUACCUGGACCUCAUCAGGGACUACGAAAACCUGUCGAUGGAGGCUCUGCGGGUGCUGGAGAGCACCAUCUUCUCAGAGUGGCAGGCCACAUGA